AUGGGCGUCAAGCACACAAAGCACAUCGCGCGCAGUGACCGAAGUCCGAGUAGUCUGCGGGGAAGCGUUCAAGUGCAAGACUGCAUCAAGCCGCUCGAAGCCAUCGCUGCCGCGGCGCUGCGGCUCGAACCGGCCCGUGCGACCGAGCUCUCAGACACAUCCUGCCGAACGCACACGUCUUCUACGACGUCGACCUGCUAUAAAUCGCAGAUUCAGUAUUGGCUGCCAGCAAAGCACACUACCCAAACCAACCCCACACGAAACACCAUGGCUAUCGGCCGACUUGUUCAUUACGCCGCGGAUGCGGUCCUUGUAUCCACCAUUCUUGCCGGGAUGAAGAGGUCAACGGGAUUUGCACCCGACCUUGAGAAGGUGCCAGAUGGCGCACGGGGCUUUGCCUCGACAUACCUCGGCGUCGGCGAAACCAUCUACGACUUCGCGCAAUCAUACGUCGUCAACAGCGCAUACUUCAAGCGUGGGGAGAGGCGAUGA